AUGUCUUUUAAUAAUCUCUUCCCAAUACUCUGCUUUGUCCAAGCCGUUAGCUUCUGCUUUGUGUCUGCACAAAGAUGUGGAGACUCUCUGUUUUUCAGACCAAACAGUGCUUACGACACAAACCGUCGUCUGGUUCUCUCAACUCUUGCCUCCCACGUCAGUUCUCGAAACGGCUACUACAACGUCUCCGUCGGUGAAGGAUCUGGAAAGAUCUAUGCUUUAGGCCUCUGUAUUCCAGGGACUGAUCCAAAGGUAUGUUCUGAUUGUAUCCAAUCAGCUUCCGACGAUUUACUUAAAAACUGUCCAAACCAGACCGACUCAUGGGAUUGGAGAGCAGACGAGACGCUCUGUCUCGUUCGUUACUCCAACAGCUUGUUUUUCAACCGGAACGAUACAGAGCCGACACAAGAAGAGUUCGACAGUGGAGUGUACACUGGUAACGUCACAACUUAUACUAGGGUUUGGGACUCAUUCAUGGAAUCUAUGAUCACACGAGUCGGCGAAUCUCGAUCUCGAUACUUGGCUGAUGUAUCACCUCGGAUAGGUGAGAGACUUGAUGAUAACGUUUACGCGCUCAUGCAGUGUGUUCCGGGGAUAUCCACUGAGGCUUGUGAAGCUUGCCUUCAAGGAACUUUACGUGCACACAAGAGAUGCUGCAAUGGGUUUAUAGGUGGAAGCGUUGGCAAGCCAGUCUGCUAUUUCCGGUGGGAUGGUUACGCAUAUCUUGAUGCCUUUGAUGCCUUCAACGACACGCAAUCUCGACCUUCACCGCCUCCUCCUCUUCCUCCUCCGCCAUCUCCUCCUCCUUCUCGAGAUGGAAAAAGGAUUGCUACAAGAGCCAUUGUGGCGAUUGUUGUUUCGGCGGUUAUGUUUGUGGUGUUUCUUGCGUUUGGCUUGGUUAUUUGGAAAAGAUCAUACAGAACAUCAAAACUUCAAACUGAUGAUGACAUGACUAGUCCACAAUCGCUACAGUUUGAUUUUGCAACAAUUGAAGUGGCAACUGAUAAAUUUUCGAGGACUAACAAGCUAGGUCAAGGCGGAUUCGGUGAAGUUUAUAAGGGAAUGUUACCAAAUGGAACAGAAAUUGCGGUUAAGCGGCUAUCAAGAAAUUCAGGACAAGGCACACAAGAGUUCAAGAACGAGGUUGUGAUUGUGGCCAAGCUUCAACACAAGAACCUUGUUAGGCUUCUUGGGUUUUGCUUAGAAAGAGAUGAACAAAUACUUGUCUACGAGUUUGUUCCAAACAAGAGCCUUGAUUAUUUUCUCUUUGACCCAACAAAGAAGAGACAGUUGGAUUGGAAAAGACGGUACAACAUCAUCGAAGGGAUUACGCGAGGGCUUCUCUAUCUUCAUCAAGACUCAAGGCUCACCAUCAUACACCGUGACAUCAAAGCUGGUAACAUUCUUUUAGAUGCUGAUAUGAGCCCUAAGAUAGCGGAUUUCGGAAUGGCAAGGAAUUUUAGAGUGGAUCAAACUGAAGACGAGACUGGAAGAAUUGUUGGAACAUUCGGUUACAUGCCUCCAGAGUAUGUGACGCGUGGCCAUUUCUCUACCAAGUCUGAUGUAUAUAGCUUUGGAGUAUUGAUUCUGGAGAUUGUUUGUGGCAAGAAGAACAGUAGCUUCUAUCAGAUGAAUGAUGAUUCUGGUGGCAAUAUGGUGACACAUAUUUGGAGGCUUUGGAACAAUGAAUCACCCUUAGAUCUCAUUGACCCCACAAUUAAGGAAAGCUAUGAGAAGGAUGAAGUCAUUAGAUGCAUCCAUAUCGGAUUGUUAUGUGUUCAAGAGUCUCCUGCGGAUCGUCCAGCCAUGUCUACAAUCUUUCAAAUGCUUACCAAUAGGUCCAUUGUUCUACCUGUCCCUCGACCACCUGGAUUUUUCUUCAGGGACAGGUCAAAUUUAGACCCUUUAACCUAUGGAUCUGAGCCGGGGCAUUCUAGAUGCAACUCUGUUUCUUAUUCUGUAUUAACUCCUCGUUAA